AUGGCUGGGGCUUCCGCCUCCCUGGACUCUGUGGAGUCCGUAUCGCUAUUGGACAUGCUCCAAUACCUCCGCCAGGCCAGAGAGCUGAGAAGUCACGACUCCGAAGCAGUGGCACGCUAUGGAAGCACCAUCCUCCGAAAGUACGCCAGGAAGCUGAAUCAGACUGAGCUGUGGCUCAUCCACGAGCAGACGGCACAAGCGGCAAUGGACUCGCACAAUGAGCCGCUGGCACUCAGCAUCUCCCAGAACGUGUUGGCCCGAUUCCCCAAGGGUGCUCGCGGCAGCCGGCUGGCGGGUAUGCUGGGCGAGAGCGCCGGGCGCACCUCCGAGGCCACGCAGCUCUACGCCAAGGAGCUGGAGCUGGACCCCCAGAACGCGCUCAUCCUCAAGCGCUCGGUCGCCAUGCACAAGGGCCAGGGCAACAUCCCUGCCGCACUCGCGGCGCUGCACACCUACCUCGCCUCCAACCAGCUGGACUGGGGGGCAUGGGAGGAGGCCGCCGAGCUCUACAUCCAGGCCCAGCUGUACCAGCAAGCGGUGUUCUGCCUGGAGGAGGUGCUGCUGCACCAGCCCAUCGCGCUGGGGACCCACCUGCUGCUGGCAGACACGCUGUGCACGCUGGGCGGCACUCCCAACCUCCUCACCGCCCGGACCCACUACUCUGCCGUGGUGGAGCUGAGCGGCGGCCGCAGCGCGAGGGCCUUGUACGGGCUCACGUAUGUGGCUGCGCAGCUGGGCGCCGACAGGAAAGCGGGAAAAGGGGGCGAGGAGGCAGAGCUGGGGCAGGUCGCCGCGCGGGCGCUGACUCAGCUGUACCAGCGCGAGGCGCCGGAGGCGGAGCAGGCCAUGCUGGCAGGCAUGCUCAAGGCCCAGGGCCUUGCGGUAGAGGCUGUGGAGGGCAACAGGAAUGCGAGCAAACGCUGA